GCAACACGGGUGGCGAGAUUAUCCUCUCCAGAUACCAUGUCCAGGCCACAACCUUCAACCACCUCCGCGACCUGGCCAUCUCCCAGCGCAGGCCCGACCCGUUCCGAGGCUUCACGCCCAUGGUAUGGCACAGACGCUCUGGCAACCUGGUUGUUAUUGCAGCGUAUCUGGAACCCCACAGGCAGAUCGAGGGUGCAGUGCACCAUAAGUUACUCUCGCUGGGAGCCUUCGUUACUAUGCUCGCUCACCCGUGGAUCAUCAUGGCCGAUUGGAAUAUGACACCUGAGCAGCUCGCAGCGACAGAGUGGCCCGCCAAAUGGAAUGCUACCAUCGUGCGAGCGCCUGGAUCCGCCACGUGCGACAAGGGCCAGGGACUCACGCUCGACUUCGCAUUGGUCAAGACUGGCAUCGAGCACACGAUCUCCAUUCGCCAGUGCCCCACCGUCCCCUGGGCCACCCAC